AAUGAAUUAUCAAAAAGCAAAAUAUAUUCAGGGAGUAAAUACAUCCUUCCUUACUAGACGUAAUUUUGGAUAUAAUCAACGACCCCAACUAGGAAAUAACUAUAUAGUAGGUGCUCAAAUUGAACCCGAAUGGAUUGUUCAGAAUGGCUAUGCAUUCGAAAGGGAAGAAAGUGGAAAAUAUAAGAUAAGAGGCCUGGCUAAUGAAAUUUUUGAUAGGCAAGUUAAAAUAGCAGAUGGCACUGAGAGAGGAACUUCAGUAACAGAAGAAGAAACCUCAGUACCUAAUUAUAAGGAUAUUAAAUCAUCGCAAAAGGGGAAAAGUACCAUAAAAACUGGGGCUAAAUAUUUAAAACAUUCGUCGGCCGACCGAACACCGAAUGAAUAUAAGUUGCAGUCCAAAGAAAGUACAACUUCCGAUAGAAAGAUUGUUAGGUCAGAACAAAAAUCUAGAAAGCUUCCGAUAAAGAAAAAGCCCGGAACUUCCGCUAUGAGAACUACGGGAAAUAUUUCGACAAAGGGGUCUGAAGAAACUGAAAGUAGUUAUUCUACUGAUAGGAAAACCUCCGAAAGUAUUAGUCAUGACUCUUCAAAAAAUGACUCGACAUCUACGUCUGAAGAAAGCUAUGAAACAAAAUCUGAUAGCCCAUCAUCGGCAACAUCAAAGGAAACAUGUGACGUAGAGAGUUCAAAUAGCCAGUCAACAGUCGACAAAGUUGUCAAGAGUUCCAAAAAAAGUCAUUUUCGUAACGAAUUGAAAGGUCAUUCAUCCAGCGUAAUGUCAAGCGAGUCCCUAAAUGAGACAGAUGAGAAUGAAACGUUUAGUUUAAGUGAAGAGAAGUCAACUGGAAGAGGUUCAGGUAGAGCUAAAGUCAAUGGAUAUAUUAUAGUGGAUCAAUCUAGUAGUAAAGAAUAUUUCUCAGAAAAAAAACCCUAUCGUAUAAGAUUAGGAGAAAGAGGAGACGUUUCAAGGCCAAAGAUAAUGCCUCCUACCGUUAAAUGUAAAGGGGAGAGGAAAAAAGUUCCAAAACACUUUCGAAAGACCAAUAUUAUUGAUAAAGAAAGUUCUACAGCAAAUUUUUCGCACUCUAAAGUAAGGAAAGGGUCGAUAAGAUCGCAAAGUAGCGGCAGUUGUAGUUUGUCAUCUACCAAUUCGUUUAUAGAAACUUUCUGGGUGUCCCGCCAAGAAACGACUGACAGAACUAAUUCGAGUGUAAGAUAUAUGUCAAAAAAUGAUACAGAAUCUAGCCUUGAUCAUGUAAAAUCGACAAGGAAAGUUUUAUCAAAUAUUGAUUGCAGCCAUGAGACGAGGAGUUUUCAUUUUCCUAGCCUACGUUAUAAAGAAAGUUUCUAUCCAAAUGUUAUUGGCGAAUUAGAUGACCCAAAUAUGUUUUUAAAUGGAAAAUGCACAUAUACGUGGGCGAACAAAACGUUUACACCUAUGCCUCAUCAUCCAAAUUGCUGUAAAAUUAACACUAAUUGCGAAAAAUUAAAUAAGAGCUCAGAUAUUGAUGAUCCAGCAUCUUUGCAGUUGAAUUCUUCGAAAAUUGAGUGUCAUUCAAAUAUAACUGAGAGCUCAAUUUCUGCACUCUCUAUUGUUGACGAUAAUACCAGCGAUGAUAAAGCGAAUCGCGAUAAGGAUGAUAAGGAUUGUACCGUUCCAUCCUCAGAUAAUGAACUGGAAUUAGAAACGGAUGGGGAAGCAGCUACUUCUCACGAUACCGACUGUAGAAAGAAGUUAAUUGACAAACGCUUAAUGGAAACGGAAGUAAACGAAAUUUCAAUAUUGAGCGACACUAGUAAGGAAGAACAAGCUAAAUAUAUAAAAAAGAGCUAUAUUAGAUCUAAAUGCUUUUCAAGACGGCUUAAAAAGAGGACAGAGAAGAUUUUCGGUAAUUUAAAUAUAAAAAGACUUAUUGACAAGCUAUUUAAAGAGAAAAACGAAUAA